AUGGCAAAGAUUGUGAGAGAGCAGAAAGCACAUGAUGAUCACGAGGCUCGAAGGCAUCACCAACGAAUGGAAGGUGCAGCGGUCAUAAGGCAUCAAAUAAAGGAAAGAGAGGGUCACAGAAAAAUCGAGGACGAGCUCAAGCAACUCGAAGGAAUCCGUAUCCGGAGGCAAGCGGAGAAGGACAAACUUGAAGAGGAGGAAAAAGCCAAAGUGAAGCAUGAGGAGGGACAGAAACUUUACAAGGCGCUGUUGGAAGCAAAUGCUGCCAAUACGGAACAGAGAAAACUGAUGAAGAUGCUGGAGAAGGAGGAGGAGCAAAAGAUUCAGCUUUACAACUACAAGAAGGCUGUUGCGGAGCAAGAGCGAGCUGACGAGGCCGAACGGAUCCGUAAGCAGAAGGAGCUAGAAACUGCUCGCCUGCGAAGCAUGCAAGAGAAGGCGCAGGGUCAACAGGCAGCGCUGGACGAGUUGAGAGCGCAGAGAAUCCAGGAAGCCGUGGAGAGGGAGUGGAGGGAGAAAGAGAAGGCAGCUGCGGAGCGCUUGAGAAAGAUGAACGAGGAUCUGGCCGAGGCAAGGGAGCAGCAGAAGAUGUUUAAGAUCACGCAACUGGCGGAGCAGGCUAAACAGGAGAGAAUCGAGUUCUUCAAGAUCAUAAAGGAUCAGCAAGAGGCACUGCUCAAGGCUAAGAUACUAGCGGAGGAGCAGCACAAACGAAACCUUCACCACAGGGACGAUAUAAUGGGACAGAUUGCAAAGAACAGGGAGGUCAGGCUCAAGGCCAUCAAGGAGAAGUUUGAAGAGGGUGCAAGAGCUCGGUUGAAGCUGCUCGCCGAGUUUGAGAGGCUACGACUUAUCAAAGAAAGGAAGCUCAAGGAGUUGGAGGCUGAAGGAGUGCCUGACAAGUAUAGAGCGGAAUUGGCACGUAAAAAGGUUGUCAUCAAUUGA